GCAAAAUGGCAUUCAAGUGUUAUGCAUGGGAACCACUGAGUAGCUUCACGUACGGGAGUUCCCAUAACUGUCUUCUAAGUUUUUAUGAAUAAAAAUGCCAUUUCUAACAGAGGGAAUUAAACAGACUAGUGUUGAAGAAGUUUGAAAGCUACUCGUGUAGAACGGAUAUGCAGCUUCUGGCCACUAUUUUAACUUGUCCAGGUUGGUUUUGUUUAUGCUGAAUCCUUGACAGUUUCAGCAAUAAUGGGUGGUAAUAUCUUAUCUUCACAACAAGUUAUUGAUAAGCUGGUCAAGAUGGGAUUUAACGAUUCAGAUGUCAUGGAGGCCGUGAGAGCAGUAGGUCCAUCGUGUGAUGAUGCUGUUGAGUACAUACUGAAUGGUUGUGGUAGGAAAAUUCAGGUUGAGCCAAGUAGUUCCAACUGUUCGACAAGAGGCAAGAAGAUCCUGGGGAAACGAGUUUUGUCAUCCUCAUGUUCUUUGGGUCAAAUGCGACAGUCUAGCAUAUUGGAUCACUACCAUUCUGCACUUAGGCCAAAGAAAAGCAGAGCUGAUGUUAUUCCUGUUGUGUCAGUUUCUCAGGCAGAGGAUCCUCAUCUGCCAAGAGAACUAAAAGAACCUUUCCCUGGCAUUGACUGUGACUCCAAAGUUGUGCCCGAAUUGUUGCCUUCUGGCUGCCCUCAGGAAGUGGACACUGGAUCAGACUGGGAGCAAAAAGUUAAUAGACUACUAAGGAAGCAUUUUGGUUAUUCAUCAUUGAAGUGUUUCCAGAAGGAGGCAUUGUCAACUUGGCUAGCUCACAAAGACUGCCUAGUCCUUGCUGCAACUGGAUCUGGGAAAUCUCUAUGCUUUCAGAUUCCAGCACUGUUAACCGGGGAGGUGGUUGUUGUCAUUUCCCCCCUGAUAAGCUUAAUGCAUGACCAGUGCUUGAAACUAUCAAAACAUGGAGUCUCUGCUUGCUUUCUGGGAUCUGGGCAACCUGAUAGCAGUGUGGAAAAGAAAGCAAUGAAAGGCAUGUAUAACAUAAUAUAUGUUUGUCCAGAGACAGUCAUACGACUGGUAAAACCACUCCAGGGACUCGCAGAAAGUCAUGGAAUCGCUUUAUUUGCAAUUGACGAAGUACAUUGUGUGUCUAAGUGGGGCCAUGAUUUUCGGCCUGAUUAUAGGCGGUUGUCUUUGUUGCGGGAGAACUUCAGUGCUAACAAUUUGAAAUUCUUAAAAUUUGAUAUACCACUAAUGGCAUUGACUGCUACUGCAACAAUUCGUGUUCGAGAAGACAUUCUCAAAUCACUCUGCAUGUCAAAGGAAACAAAAAUUGUGCUCACAUCAUUUUUUCGGCCAAAUUUACGAUUUUCAUUAAAACAUAGUAGAACAUCAUCAUCAUCUUCAUAUCGGGAAGAUUUCCAGCAGUUGAUAGACAUAUAUGGCAAAAAGAAGAAGACCAACUGGAUGAAACAAACCACCUUGAUGAAACAAACCAGAAGCCCACAGGAAGUAGAAGAACAAUCUGAUAGUUCUUUUGGUAGUGUAUCUGCAUCAGAUGAUGAUGAUGAAGUAAAGUCGAUAGAGGAACAUGUGUCAACUGCUUCAAGAGGACGAGAAAUGACUGUCGAAUAUUUGGAAAGUGAAGCUGACAUCUUCCAAAAUGCAGAUGAUUGGGAUGUUGCCUGUGGUGAAUUUUGUGGACAAUUUCUUUCUCAAGACUGGAAUUUGUGUGGAUCAUUCAGGACAGUGGAUCAAUUGUAUAAGCCUGAAGAAGGGCUGAGACUCCAGCAGGAGCCUUUAGAAGGACCUACCAUCAUAUAUGUUCCUACAAGAAAAGAAACCAUAAGUAUCGCAAAGUUUCUCUCUAAAUGUGGUGUUAAAGCUGCUGCUUAUAAUGCAUCGUUGUCUAAGUCACACCUAAGGCGGGUUCACAAGGAAUUUCAUGAAGACAUGCUAGAGGUUGUUGUUGCCACUAUUGCGUUUGGGAUGGGGAUUGACAAGUUAAACGUCCGCAGAAUUGUCCACUAUGGUUGGCCACAGAGUUUGGAAGCUUAUUAUCAAGAAGCUGGCCGAGCUGGACGGGACGGGAAGUUGGCUGAUUGUAUACUUUAUGCCAACUUAUCCAGAGUACCAACACUUUUGCCAAGCCGUAGAAGUGAAGAUCAGACAAAACAAGCAUAUAAGAUGUUAUCUGACUGCUUCAGAUAUGGAAUGAAUACUGCAUGUUGUCGAGCAAAAAUGCUAGUGGAGUACUUUGGAGAAGAUUUCAGUUACGAAAAGUGUCACAUAUGUGAUGUUUGUGUUGAUGGGCCACCUGAAUUGGAAAAUCUGAGAGAGGAAGCAAAUAUUCUAAUGCAAGUUAUUGCUUCUUGUUAUGUGCAGAGUACUCUUGUGGAUGUGCCAUAUGACGAUUAUGGGUGUAGUGAUGGUAGAGACUUGAAACCUUUUGAGAAGCCAACCCUCAGGACUUUCGUUAGUAAGAUCCGGGAGCAGUCGCAAAAGUUUAUGGCAACUGAUCUUUUAUGGUGGAGAGGCCUUGCUCGGAUUAUGGAGAAUAAAGGUUACAUCAAAGAAGGAGACGGAAAGAUAUAUGUUCAGAUAAAAUUCCCCGAGCCAACAGAAGCAGGACUAAAUUUUCUGCAAUCCGAUAAGUGUCAACAACCUUUCUAUAUCUACCCAGAAGCAGAUAUGUUGCUUGCAACCAAAAAAGAUUAUAGUUUCUCUGAAUGGGGAAAAGGCUGGGCUGAUCCUGAGAUUCGUCGUCAACGCCUGCAAACAAGGCGACCGAAAAGGAAGCGAAGAAAAGUACGAGUAAGAAAAUCGAGAACUGUUCGAGGCAGAAUAGAAGCAAAACUGUCCAAGAAGAAGUGAUGAAGAUCAUGAUUUUCAUACAUAAAUGUAUUUGGCCAAAUAUCUUGCUUUGAGUAAAGCAAAUCUUUGCCAUAAAUGUUCAUCCAAAUUACUCAGGAUGUGUGUAUGUCGAUCAGGAUUUACAUUAAGUAAUAGAUUCAUAGUAAA